AUGGUGGUGGGUGGGUACGAGGGCGAGGGUGUUUGUAUGUUAGAGGUAGAGCGCAUUUACAAACUCGACUACUCAAUCAUUGAAGUGUUCCUCGUUGUUGCGCAAAUUACGUGGUGUAUCAAUGCGUCCUUGUGGCACGCUAGUGAGACUGCUGCCUUCGAUCUUGCUACUGCCUAUAUCUUUCUCUCUUGUGAUAGAGGUAGUAGAGGUGGUGGUAGAGGUGGUGGUGGAGGUGAUAGAGGUGGUGGUAGAGGUGGUGGUGGAGGUGAUAGAGGUGGUGGAAGAGGUGGUGUUUUGUACCGUAGUGAGGGGAGAAGGCCUUCCUGCCGUCAUGUCUCCAAGACGACGAUCGGACUAGCUAGCACCUAUCGGCAAACGCGCUGCGAAAUCAAGGACAUCUUCCUCACUCAGUACGUCUUUGAUUUCGACUUUUUGAUAUCUCACCUUCUCCACAACAUUCGAGAGCGACACGUAGACUGGACCAAAUAG